UUCAACAUCUUUCAAUUUCACUUUUGAAAUGUACUCUAAGAUAUUCGUGGUUGCCGCUACCCUGGCCGUAGCUCUUGCUCGACCUCAAGAAGGGCAUGGUCAAUAUGAACAUGGACACGCGUAUUCGUCUCAGAGCAUCGUUUUACACCAGAGUCACGGUCACGAGCAGGGUCAUGAGCAUGGCCAUGAGCAACUUGGCCAUGUUCAACUGGGCCAUGUGCAACUUGGUCAUGUGCAGCACGAGCCCGUGCACGUAGUGUCGUAUCAGCCCAUCCACACUGAAUCUCACCACUCUCAGCACCACGCCGUCUCCUCACAAAACAUCCAGCGUCACGACGUGCCCGGCAAGGCGCCCGAGGGCCACCACGACUACUACGCGCACCCUAAGUACGAGUUCGAGUACAAGGUGGAGGACCCGCACACCGGCGACAAGAAGGCGCAGCACGAGGCCCGCGACGGCGACGUCGUCAAGGGCUACUACAGCCUGCACGAGGCGGACGGCACUGUCAGGAUCGUGCACUACACGGCUGACCACAAAACUGGAUUCAAUGCCCAGGUCCAGCGAGAAGGUCACGCCAAGCAUGUAGUACCCGCUCAUCUUCUUAUCGCUCUCGUAGUGCACGUCCCUGACGGAGCCGUCGGGCUCGUGCAGGCUGUAGAAGCCCUUAACGACGUCGCCGUCGCGGUGCUCGUGCUGCGUCUUGUGGUCGCCCUACUUCUAUACCUACAGGUGUUGUGUAUCGCUGGUCUGGUGGGGUUGGUGGUGUCCCAGCACGGGCACGAGCCCGCGCACUCCUCGCAGCACAUCUCCAAGCACGACGGGCACGCGGAGCCGGUCGUCAUCAAGGACCACCACGGCCACGAGAAACACGUCGACUACUACACGCACACCAAGUACGAGUUCAAGUACGAGGUCUCGGACAAGCACACUGGCGACCACAAGACGCAGCACGAGCACCGCGACGGCGACGUCGUCAAGGGCUUCUACAGCCUGCACGAGCCCGACGGCUCCAUAAGGGACGUGCAUUACGAGAGCGAUAAGAAGACCGGUUUCCACGCUGAGGUGAAGCACAGCACCCACCACAUCGUACCGGAGCACCACCAUCACCAUUAA